GGCCAAGAUCACAGUGGCUUGGCAGUUGGAUUUUAGUCACGGUCCCGCCAUGAAGGCCAUUCAAUUGUGUUUUUUGCUCCUAAUUGUGUUUUUCACUAGCUCUCAACAGCUUUCGAAGCCUGGUGAUCCCACUUAUUGGGCAGCGGUGGUGGAACACAAAGAGCUGGAGGGCGAUAAUGCCAGGGAUCGUACCACUUUCGCAUCGGAAUCCUUCCAGCAGAUCAUCAAAGAUGCCGGCGAUGUGGACAUCAUUGUGUUCCCCGAGCAUAUCCUCAACGAUCGGAGCACAGCCACCUUUGUGCCCCACGAAUCCGAGAAUGUGACGCCCUGCUAUCAGACGGACUACGAGCUCUUCCUCAUCGAACUGUCGUGCUCGGCGCGAUCCAAUGCCGUCUAUGUGGUCAUUAAUCUGGUGGAGAAGGAACUCUGCGCCAACGGAGCUGGCUCCGAUACCUUCAAUCCAUGUCCUGCGUCGGGAGUGCUGUACUUCAACACGAACGUGGUGUUCGAUCGCAGGGGCAGAGUGAUCUCGCGAUACCGGAAGACCCAUCUGUGGCGACACGAGUAUGUGAACACAGCGGUGCUCCGCUCCCCCGAUAUAGCCACAUUUACCACUGAUUUUGGGGUAACCUUUGGCCAUUUCAUCUGCUUCGAUAUGUUGUUCUACGAGCCGGCUGUGAAAUUGGUCAGGGAGCUGAACAUCACCGAUAUCGUGUAUCCCACCUAUUGGUUUUCGGAACUGCCAUUUCUGGGCGCCAUUCAACUGCAAGAGGGCUGGGCCUUUGGCAACGAUGUCAAUCUGCUGGCCGCCGAUGCCAGUGCGCCCAGUGGACGGACGACAGGAUCGGGGAUAUAUGCCGGUCGAGGUGGCAGACUGAUCGCGGAGAUUUUCGAGGAGCCAACCACGAAACUACUGAUUGCGGAGGUGCCGAAGAAGGAGCAUGGUCAACUGGUACCCAGUUUUACGCCUCUGUUCACGCCCCAAUUGAAAACCGCCCGAGUGACGGGAGUGGCCACCUACAAGGACUACAAUGUGGAUAUCUUCGAAAGUGAGCUGCUCGAGGAGAAUUUCCUCAGUUUGGAGCGUACUCUGUGCCACGGCAGCUUCUGUUGCACCUUUGCCAUCGCACGGAAGUUGACGGAGUCCAGCGAGGACAUCGCCAUUGGGGCCAAAGCCUAUCGCUAUAGAAUAGCCGCCUAUUGGGGCAAUGAGACCACGGUCAUUCGAGUGGAUCGCAGCGAGCAGGCCACUUGUGCUCUGUUCGCCUGCACCAAUGAGCAUCUCUCCAGUUGUGGCUACAUAUUCCCCAAAUUCGAAGAUGUCAUCAAUAGGCAUCACUUCACUAAGCUAAAUAUUUCUGCCAAUUUUCCAGCUGCUCCACGUGGCCGUCGGUUAAUAAUGCCCAGCACAUUGAAUGCUCAAUUCCUGCCCGUUGCUGUAUCGGAAUUCGAUUGGACGGAAUCACCCGAGGCGUCCGCAAAUCCCGAUAAACCCGUUUUUGUAAAUUUAAACCUAUUGAAGCAGCAGAACGACCUGCUGACCUUUGCCAUUUGGGCCAACUACUUCACGGAUUUGCCCAGCACCCACAAUUUGGAUCAUAUGCAUCCGAAUUUCACUGUUCCCUUGACUUCCGGUUCGGCGGGAAUUUUAGUCUCCAGUUUUGUAUGGCUCAUAAGCGGCCUUUUCCUUAUACUAUAGAUUUAAUACUUUCUUUUUUAAACAAAAGUAUAGCUUUAUUAAUUUAGCAGCUACAAAUUGUUUAAAUCUCCAGUUAAUUCUGUGACUUGUAUUUGUGCUCACAUUAUAGAUUAAAUACUUAUUUUUUCAACCAACAA